AUGUGUUUUGCUAAAAAGAACAAAAACUCAACUCUUGAGCAAAAGAAAAAAGAUCCGGAGAUUACCGAGAGCUCCAAAAAUUCGUCACAACCAUCUCAGGUACCUGCAGCAACACCGACAGCAGCACCGCCGUCGAAGGCUCAUCAAAAAGCAAUGAUAGUCGUCAAACCAUGGGUCCAGCGGACAUUGGAUAUGGGAGUUCAAGCAUUGGUCGACGAAUUCCGCGUUCUUGCUAAAUGGACCCCGGAAGGGAUGACCACCGAGGCAUUUAGUGCCAACACGGACAAGAACAGGUACCAGGAUGUUCCAUGUCAAGACAAGGGUCGAAUUGUCGUCAAGUUCCCCGGUCUGGCAUCGGACUACAUCCAUGCCAACUACUUGGGCACGGCCACCAACCCCAAGAAGUUCAUCUGUGCACAGGGCCCACUGGAGAACACCCAACAUUCGUUCUGGGCGAUGGCGAUUCAGGAGAAAGUGGAGUGCGUGAUCAUGCUGUGCAAUUGCAUCGAAACGGGCAAAAUAAAAUGCCAUCAGUAUUGGCCAUUGGAGCAGGGCCAGAAAUUAGUUUUCGGCGAGGCACCGAACACCAUUUCGGUUGCCAACUUGGGUGCUAAGAAAAUGGCGCCGGACGAGCAAUGCAUCAAUGUAACGACUUUGAAAGUUGACUGGGGACAAGGCUCCCGAACUAUCCAGCAUCUUCAAUGGGAGAAUUGGCCGGAUCGUGGAGUGCCGCAGACCAACUUGACAGCAAUAAACCUCCUUUCGGCAACCCGUGGCAACCAGAAUCCCAUUCUGGUCCACUGCUCAGCUGGAAUUGGGCGCACCGGAACCAUCGUCGCGAUUGCUUACGUUCAAGAUAAGAUGAUGGCAGGGGAAAACUGCAUGGCGAUGAACGAAUUGAUCAAGGAACUCCGCUCUCACCGUCCGUGGUCUAUCCAGAACGAAUUCCAAUACUUGUACCUCCAUCGUGUGCUGCUCUCGUAUUUCUUGGAGCGCUACAAGGAAACUUACGCGGAGUUGUUGGUUGGAGAUUAUGGGGAAAAAUACAAGAAAUGGGCAGACGACUAUGCAGCUGCCACCGCGACCAAGUGA